CGUAACGUCACUGUUUUCUUUAUCAUUUCGGAGGCAAACUUAACGUAGUAUGGCCGUCGUCUGGAAGUAUUCACAGUUUUACUUCCACAAAGAAUACGCGAUAAACAUUGCGCAGAGCGAAUUAAGAAAGACUUUUUUAAAUAAAUUCUUUACGCGAGUGAGAUAAACAUUGACGGACAAGUGUUAAACCGCGAAAUUGAAUAACGCAAAACAAGUCGACCUCAUUUUAAAGCUAUUUUUAUAGUUUUCUACUAAAUUUGACAAAAUGUGGUUAGUUAGCCAGCCUAAUUCCGUGAUCCUGGAAGUCAAAGUGGACCCAAAUUCAAUUGGACAGGACUGCCUCGAAAAGGUAUGUGAGAAACUGGAGAUCGGUGCCGAAGCGGACUUCUUCGGCCUCCGCGUAUCUCCGGGCUCCGGGCCGGGGCGGUGGCUCAACCUGCGCAACCCGCUGGACCCGCACCGCAUCCCCGGCGGCCGCCUCGACCUGCGCGUCAAGUUCUGGGUCCCUCCCCACCUGCUCAUCAACGAACCCACCCGCCACCAGUUCUACCUUCACGCCAAACUCGACCUCACUGAGGGCCGACUAGUCGUAGCUGAUUUAGAAGUAGCCAGGCGCAUCAUCGCUUACAUAGCGCAGGCUGAGACAGGAGAUUGCGACCCCGACCUACCUCCAACUCACAUCUACGAAGAAUGCGAGAAAAUAGGUCCUCAAUGCGAAAAGCCAGAGGAUCAUAUGGAUAAGAUCAUUGAAUACCACUGCGAAAUCGCUGGGAUGGGAGCUUCGCAAGCUGAGUACAGACUGUUAAAAGAGAUUUCAAAGUUGGAGUCGUUUGGGGAGGAGUUGUUUUUCUGCAAGCCGGUGACGCUGAGUAACAACGCUCACAACCUGUACAGCCACCUGUUGUACCACCGGCAGCAGGCAGAAGAGCCGCGGGCGAGGGAUGAGCAGGAGAUCGACGGCGGGGCGACGGUGGGCUGCCUCACGUCGGGUCAGAGCGGCGGCGGCUGCGGCUGCAAGCUGAGCACCUGCGUGGGCGUCGGGCCACACGGGAUCGUGGUCUACAGGCCAUCCUGCUUCGGAGAGCACGAGAUCGGAGUGGAAAAGCAAAGCAUCGCAUACACCGCGAUCCACCGCGCGCAGCCAUUCCGCCGCAACUUCCAGAUGUCGUACGUGACGGACGACGGCAACGAGCGCACGUUACACGUCAAGAUGGCGACGUCCGGGCAGGCGGCCGCGCUUUACCGCGCCGUCACUGAGAAACACGCCUUCUACUGCUGCGAGACCGUACGCACUGACGUCACUGAGCAAUUCAUCAGAGAUCUGAAGGGCACGAUAGCGUCCAUCUUCAACGACUCGACGACGCUGGGCCGCCGCUACGUGUUCGACAUCCAGCGCACGUGUCGCGAGGUGCACGACCGCGCGCGCCGCGCCGCGCACGCCGCGCUGCCGCACGAGCCGCGCCGGCCUGUCGCCAGGCACGCCGGGGCCGAACAUAAGGAGCCCCGCUCCCGCUCUCACAGCGGCUGCGGCGAGGCGCUGGCGUGUCGCGCCUGCAUGGACGCGCCCAUCGACACGCUGUUCCUGCCGUGUCGACACGUCGUCUGCUGCGGGGACUGCGCGCCCAGAUGCGAGCGCUGCCCGCUUUGUCGCGGCGAGAUAGAGAAACUGAUGCACAUAUUCCUGCCGUGCGACUACCCGAAGAGUCCCGGCCUCGUGAAGUGAACCGCCGCGCAAGCCUCAGGAUCCAGCUCCCGACCUCCGCCGGCCGCCGCCGCCGCCGCCCGCCGCGUGUAGAGAUGUUGCCUUAUGACUGUGUGUGUGAUUGUCUAGUCACUGUGAAUGACUCCACUUGACAAAUGCAUUUCAGACGGGAAUGUGCAACCAUUCCAAAAUUGAGACGACCGGUACUUACUGCUUAGAUUACAACACGUUCAUGUAUAUUGGCUAAAUCUAAGUUGAUAUUAAUAAAGAGAUAUGAAGUACCCGUUACAAACCCACCUUCGUUUUAGAAGGUCUAGUUUAAUAUUUUGUGAUAAUUACUAUGUAUGUUUUAAAGAAAACUUGUUCAUAAAAAAGUGCAUUUUAAUUAAAAUUAAAUUUAAACUUGCCUGUUCAUCGUUUGGUAACUUAUGUUCGUUUUAACUCUGAUUUAAGUUCGAUUAUAAGUUGUAUUUGUAAGACCUAUGGUCUGUAAGCUAAUCUAAAGGGAAAAAAUUAAAAAGUUGAGUAAACAUUUACUAAUACUGCCAAAA